CAUCCGGCACACGGCACGCUAACUCUGCCAACUCUGCCGCCACUCCCGUUGCUCCCGCCUCGCUGUCCCUCUGCUAGUAGCUAAGCUGCUGGGCCCUAUUUUAUCGUCGCCAUCACCGCGUCAUUACCCCUCCUUCCUCCCUUCGCCAUGAAUUCAGUAGAAGUAGCAGAACCCACCGAGGUUCCUGAACCCAUUCCCAUCAUUGAGACUUCUGACGACGACAACAACACCAACACCAACACUGCUCCCACUCCCGUUCUCGCUUCCAACGGCUUCACCAACGGACACUCCCAUACCAACGGACACCACGCCCACGGCCACGCUACUCCAUCGUACAUCGACAGCAUGGCUCACCUCUCCGUCAUCCGCGACGACUCCGACGCCGCCUCGGUCCGCUCCAACAGCUCGCGCGCCUCGCGAAGACCUCAGAUGCAGCUCUCCAACUACCAGGAUGAGUUCACCACCAGCGUCUACGGCUCCCGCUUCGCCGGCAUGGACCUUCCCCGCCACCACAUGCCCGAGUGCGAGAUGCCCCGCGACAUCGCCUAUCGCAUGAUCAAGGACGAUCUGAGUCUCGACAACAACCCCAUGCUCAACUUGGCUUCCUUCGUCACCACCUACAUGGAAGAUGAGGCUGAGAAGCUCAUGGCCGAGUCCUUCUCCAAGAACUUCAUCGACUACGAGGAGUACCCUCAGUCCGCUGAUAUUCAGAACCGAUGUGUCAACAUGAUCGGCGAUCUCUUCCACGCUCCCGUCGGUACCGCCGUCGGCACCUCCACCGUUGGCUCCUCAGAGGCCAUCAUGCUCGCCGUCCUGGCCAUGAAGAAGCGCUGGAAGAAGCGCCAGGCCGCAGCCGGCAAGAGCACUGAGAACCCCAACAUUGUCAUGUCUUCUGCUGUCCAGGUCUGCUGGGAGAAGGCUACCCGCUACUUCGAGAUUGACGAGAAGCUCGUCUACUGCACCAUGGACCGCUACGUCAUAGACCCCGAUGAGGCCGUCGACCUGUGCGACGAGAACACCAUCGGUAUCUGCACUAUCCUCGGCACCACCUACACUGGCGAGUACGAGGAUGUCAAGGCCAUCAACGACCUCCUGGUUGAGCGGAAUAUCGAUGUCCCCAUCCACGUCGAUGCCGCCAGCGGUGGCUUCGUCGCUCCCUUCGUCGUCCCCGACCUUGAGUGGGACUUCCGAUGUGAAAAGGUUGUCUCCAUUAACGUCUCCGGUCACAAGUACGGUCUCGUCUACCCUGGUGUCGGCUGGGCUCUCUGGAGAGACCCCGAGUACCUCCCCCAGGAGCUGGUCUUCAACAUCAACUACCUAGGUGCUGACCAGUCCUCCUUCACCCUCAACUUCUCCAAGGGUGCCUCUCAGGUCAUCGGCCAGUACUACCAGCUGAUCCGUCUCGGAAAGCACGGUUACCGCGCCAUCAUGAGCAACCUGACCCGAACGGCCGACUACCUGACUGAGACACUCGAGAAGAAGGGCUUCGUCAUCAUGUCAGAACGUUCCGGCGCUGGACUGCCCCUCGUGGCUUUCCGCUUCCGCACUCCCCAGGAGGGUGGCGACGAGGACCGUCACUACGACGAGUUCGCCCUCGCCCACCACCUCCGCUCGCGUGGUUGGGUCGUUCCCGCCUAUACCAUGGCCCCCAACUCCAACGUCAAGAUGCUGCGCGUCGUCGUGCGAGAAGACUUCACCAAGACUCGCUGCGACUCUCUCAUCAGCGACGUCACUCUCUGCCUCGGCCUCCUCGACGAGACUGACCGGGAAAGCAUCAAGAAGCGAGAAGAGUACAUCAAGAAGCACAUCACAACUUCGGGCAAGGGCAAGCACGCUCAUCCCUCAUACGCGAACGAGACACAUUCUCUUCAGGGAAAGACAGGCAAGACCCAUGCUAUCUGCUAAAGGAAUAGAUGGAUUGAUCACUCACUGGGAUUGGCGUCACACGGUGUGUUUUGGGAAUGUUUGGAGUCUUGUUCAUACAGGCCCUUGAUGACUUGAUUUUUGGAUAAGACUGCAAAUGCAUGGCGUCUU